AGUGACCCCGUACGGAAGGAGGAGGCUGCUGAUGACGAUGAUGACGCCGUUGUGAGGAGGUAAACAAAACAGCCAUGGGGGGCAAGACGGUGGCGUACUUCUAUGACCCUGAUGUCGGGAAUUUCCACUACGGCCCGGGUCACCCCAUGAAGCCACACCGGUUAUCCAUCACACACAGCCUGGUCCUCCACUACGGUCUAUACAAGAAGCUUCAGAUCUACCGGCCCUACCGAGCCAACUUCCACGACAUGACACGGUUUCACUCGGAGGAAUAUAUUGACUUUCUAAUGAGAGUUUCGCCACAAAAUGUCCAAAACUUCACUAAAAACCUCGGACAAUUCAACAUGGCGGAUGAUUGCCCAGUGUUCGACGGCCUCUACGACUUCUGCUCCAUGUACACGGGGGCGUCGCUGGAGGGCGCCGUCAAGCUCAACCACCACUGUUGCGAUGUGGCGGUCAACUGGUCUGGGGGGCUCCACCACGCAAAGAAGUUUGAGGCGUCGGGCUUCUGCUAUGUGAACGAUAUUGUGAUUGCUAUCCUGGAGAUGCUGAAGUACCACCCCCGCGUGCUGUACAUCGACAUAGACAUCCACCAUGGGGACGGUGUACAGGAAGCCUUCUACCUCACCGACCGUGUCAUGACCGUGUCCUUCCACAAGUACGGCAACUACUUCUUCCCCGGCACAGGCGACAUGUUUGAGAUCGGCCACGAGAGCGGGCGCUACUACUCUGUCAAUGUUCCGCUGAAGGAGGGGAUUGACGACGCAAGCUACACUCAGGUCUUCAAGCCAGUCAUCGAGGCGGUCAUCGACUACUAUCGGCCCACCGCCAUUGUGCUUCAGUGCGGGGCAGACUCACUCUCCGGGGACAGGCUUGGAUGUUUCUCUCUCUCCACCAAGGGGCAUGGAGAGUGCGUUAACUUCACCAAAAAGUUCGGGGUACCCCUCCUGGUGCUGGGGGGUGGGGGGUAUACUCCUCGCAACGUGGCACGCUGCUGGGCAUAUGAAACGGGGUUGUUGGUGGACACUGACAUGCCCACGGAGAUACCCUACAACACUGAGUACUUCCAAUACUUCGCCCCGGACUUCUCCCUGCACCCGGAGGUCAUCACACGACAGGAGAACGGUAACUCGCGGCAGUACCUGGAGGCCAUCGUCAAACAUGUGUGCGACAACCUCAAAAUGGUCCAGCACGCGCCAAGUGUACAAAUGCAGGAUGUCCCUCGCGACGGAAUGGACAUCAAGAAGGAGGAAGCGGAUGACCUUGACCCAGACACCCGACUUCACUUAUCGGAGGAGGACAAGAGAAUUGAACCGGAUAAUGAGUUUUUCGACGGAGAGAAGGACAAUGAUAAGGAGGAAGAGCCCGUCCUCUCUUCCUCCUCCUCUUCCUCCUCCUCCUCCUCCGCCUCCUCCACGACCACAGCAACCACCACCACCACAAUGAACUAGGACCUCUCUCUCGCUCUCUCUCUCUUACUAAUAUAUUUUCUUCUUCUUCCUCCUCCUCCUCCUCCUACUACUACUACUACUACUACUACUACUACUACUACUACUACUACUACUACUACUACUACUACUAUUACUACUACUAC